AUGACGCUGGACUCGUUGCCCCGCACUCCGCGGGCCCGCACGGGCCCGGUGACGCCGCCCCGCUCGCCAAGAAAGACGGCGCUGCCGCAGAUGAUGGAGGCCUUGUACAUGGACUCCCUGGCUACAGUGGAGGCGGUCCUGCGGGAGGAGCCGGACAGUGCCUGGGAGCCGUUCUGGGACUACGACCAGGAGACCCCCCUGUGCUUCGCCGCCCGGCAGCUGUGCGACGUGAAGAUCCUGGACCUGCUUCUUCAGCGAGGUGCCAAGGUGGACGUCGGCAACAGGGACGGCAGGAGACUGCGUUGGAUUUGGCCAAGGCGGCAAAGACGUUCGCCCAGGAAUGGACGGCCUGGGACGAUUUGCCUUUCAACUUCCCCUCGACCGACUUCCCGCCGCUACCGACAAGAAGCCCGUCGGACUGCCCGAAGCGUCAGGCGGAGGUUGUACAGUUCCUUGAAGCAGCCUCAGCUUCAGUGA